AUGGAUUGGCGUGGGGGACCCCCUUCCUUGCCAAGGCUGCCACACCUCCGGGGCAGAGCCUUCCUCUUAAAAACUCUCUUCAUCCUCCUGUGCUGCAGAUACGUGCAAGCCCGCUGCAGGAUCCUGCGCUGCAACUCGGAGUAUGUGGCCUCCACCCUCCCCCUGCGGGGUCCUGGCAGGAGGGCAGCCCACUGCCUGGCCUUGCGCGCCUACGCCCGCUGCACCCGCCACACAGCCCGCGCCUGCCGCGGGGACCUGGCCUUCCACCUGGCCGUCCAUGGCAUUGAGGACCUCAUGGCCCAGCACAACUGCUCCAAGGAGGGGCCCAGCCCGGCGCCCCGUCCCCCCCGUCCCCCCGGGGCUGGGUCCCCAGACUUCUGUGACUAUGAGAAGGCCUUUGCCCACAAGCGCGGCAGACCACCCGCCUACCAGCACUGCGCUUCCUUCGGGGACCCCCACAUCCGGACCUUCACGGACGAAUUCCACACCUGCCGUGUGGAGGGCUCCUGGCCACUGCUUGACAACCACUACUUAUUUGCCCAAGCCACCAACAGCCCCGUGGCCAAAGGAUCGAAUGCUACAGCCAUGAGCAAGAUCACCAUCAUCUUCAAGAACAUGAAGGAGUGCAUUGACCAGAAAGUCUACCAAGCCGAGGCAGACAACCUCCCAGCGGCAUUUGUGGAUGGCUCCGUGAACGGGGGGGAGCGGCCCGGUGGGCACAGCCUCAACAUCCUUGCGCGGGCUCCCGGGCAGCACGUGGAGAUCCGGGCGGCCUACAUUGGCACCAUCAUUGCGGUACGCCGGACAGGGAAGCAGCUCUCCUUCUCCAUCCGUGUGGCCGAGGAGGUGGCCAGCGCCUUCACCGCGGAGCAGGACCUGCAGCUGUGUGUGGGCGGCUGUCCUCCCAGCCAGCGCAUCUCCCGGCAGCAUGGCUGCUGCAGCCACGGCACCGUCACCGCCGAGAAGGCCCACCGGCUGUGCAAGGAGACGCUGCCGGUGGAGGACGUCUACUUCCACUCGUGCGUCUUCGAUGUGGUGGCCUCGGGGGACAGCAACUUCACCCUCGCAGCACAUGGCGCCUUGGAGGACGCUCGGCGCUUCCAUCCAGAUGCCAAGAAGCUUCACCUCCUCCGGCGUGACGCUGCCCGCCAGGCCACCGCCGGCUCCAUCCUCUGCCUCACCCUGGCAGUGAUCCUGGGGCUUGUCUGGGAGAUCUGA